AUGUUUGGCUCUGGGAAUGUUCUGCCUGUUAAAAUUCAGCCUCCGCUGCUUAGGCCACUGGCGUAUAGAGUUUUAUCAAGAAAAUAUGGUUUAUCAAUUAAAUCUGAUGGACUGUCUGCUCUUGCAGAAUUCGUUGGCACUAAUAUAGGUGCUAACUGGAGACAAGGGCCUGCUACAAUAAAAUUUCUCGAGCAAUUUGCUGCAGUAUGGAAACAACAAGAAAGAGGCCUUUUCAUCGACCAGAGCGGGGUUAAAGAAGUUAUACAGGAGAUGAAAGAACGUGAGAAAGUCGAAUGGAGUCAUGAACACCCUAUUCAACAUGAGGAGAAUAUCUUGGGACGGACAGAUGACGAUGAGAACAACAGUGACGAUGAAAUGCCGAUCGCUGCUGAUUCAUCCUUACAAAAUGUUUCAUUAUCUUCACCCAUGCGACAGCCCACCGAAAGAGAUGAAUAUAAACAGCCUUUCAAGCCAGAAAGCUCCAAGGCGUUGGACUGGAGGGACUACUUCAAAGUUAUCAAUGCUUCUCAGCAACAAAGAUUCUCAUACAAUCCGCACAAAAUGCAAUUUAUUUUCGUCCCCAAUAAAAAGCAGAAUGGGCUAGGAGGCAUUGCGGGUUUUCUACCAGAUAUAGAGGACAAAGUUCAAAUGUUCUUGACAAGAUAUUACCUCACGAACGACAGAGUCAUGAGAAAUGAAAACUUCCAAAACAGUGACAUGUUUAAUCCAUUAUCAUCUAUGGUGUCUUUACAAAAUGAACUGUCCAAUACUAACCGACAGCAGCAAUCCAGCAGUAUGAGUAUCACCCCAAUAAAAAACCUACUAGGUAGGGAUGCUCAAAACUUUCUACUAUUGGGGCUCUUAAAUAAGAACUUUAAGGGCAAUUGGUCACUGGAAGAUCCGUCUGGAUCUGUCGAAAUUGACAUUUCCCAAACUAUCCCUACACAAGGCCAUUACUACGUGCCAGGUUGCAUGGUUCUUGUGGAAGGAAUAUACUAUUCUGUAGGAAAUAAAUUCCAUGUUACCUCCAUGACUUUACCCCCUGGUGAGAGAAGAGAAAUUACAUUAGAAACGAUAGGUAAUCUCGAUCUCUUAGGAAUACAUGGCAUUUCUAAUAACAAUUUCAUUGCUCGUUUGGAUAAAGAUUUGAAGAUUAGAUUACACCUUUUGGAGAAAGAAUUAACAGAUCAUAAAUUUGUAAUUCUCGGCGCAAAUUUGUUCCUAGAUGAUUUGAAAAUUAUGACUGCACUCAGCAAAAUUUUGCAAAAAUUAAAUGAUGACCCACCGACCCUAUUAAUUUGGCAAGGUUCUUUCACUUCAGUUCCCGUUUUCGCAUCAAUGAGUAGCCGGAAUAUAAGUAGUUCCACUCAAUUUAAGAAUAAUUUCGAUGCCUUGGCGACGCUUCUGUCAAGAUUUGACAAUUUGACCGAAAAUACCACAAUGAUAUUUAUUCCAGGUCCUAACGAUUUAUGGGGGUCGAUGGUGUCAUUGGGGGCAAGUGGGACAUUACCGCAAGAUCCAAUUCCUAGUGCGUUUACCAAAAAAAUCAACAAGGUCUGUAAAAACGUUGUAUGGAGCUCAAAUCCAACUAGAAUAGCAUACUUAUCCCAAGAAAUAGUCAUUUUCAGGGACGAUUUAUCCGGAAGAUUCAAAAGACACCGUUUGGAAUUCCCAUUCAACGAGAGCGAAGAUGUUUAUACUGAAAACGAUAACAUGAUGUCUAAAGACACCGAUAUUGUACCAAUCGAUGAAUUAGUUAAAGAACCAGACCAGUUACCACAAAAGGUUCAAGAAACAAGAAAACUCGUUAAAACAAUACUAGACCAGGGUCAUUUAUCGCCAUUUCUUGAUUCCUUGCGCCCAAUUUCAUGGGAUUUGGACCACACUUUGACACUUUGCCCAAUACCAUCGACAAUGGUUCUUUGCGACACUACUUCUGCACAAUUUGAUUUGACAUACAACGGUUGUAAAGUAAUUAACCCUGGAAGUUUCAUUCAUAAUAGACGUGCUAGGUAUAUGGAGUACGUUCCAUCCUCAAAGAAAACUAUACAAGAAGAGAUAUAUAUCUAA